AAUAUGACGGAGAAAACAAAGCAAAUGCCUCAGGUUGAUGGGAUGGAUAACACGUGGGGAUUUCCUUUGGAAGAUAGCACUUGGGAACCUGAGGAAAAUGUUGCUUGCCAUGAACUUAUUGCAGAAUUCGAGAGGAAGAGAAGCAAGCCUAUCAGAAAACGGCUUGUUCAUUACCUCUCCUCUCACCCCUCUCACACGAAGAAAGCGCUUUUCUGUUUUCAUACGGAAAAAAAGGAGACCGCUGCUACGUCGUCAGAGAAGCGCGAGGAGAAACAGCUCCUUCGCAUUGUCGGUCUCACGGAUACACCCGGUGAGCUCCACUUUUUGAUCAAAUGGAAAGACCAUACCGCCGAUCUCGUACCAGCCAAGGAAGCUAAUGUGAAAUAUCCACAAGAGGUUAUUCGGUUCUAUGAAGAAAGACUGAAAAUGCAGUCGCGCUAA